CUGGAAGCUGCAGCCAGAAAUUCGUCCUUUUAGAUGUGAAAACUAUUGGCAGUCGAAAGGUCUAAGGUCUGGCAGUAAAAAAAUUAAACCAAAGCAAGAAAAUUGGCCUGGCCGAAUGGCUCAGAUUCAAUUGAACGGAGGCAGUGCUCCUAGCAAUGGCAAUAAUGGCGAGGACAACGAACCUUACCAAAUCAGCGAUGACGAUUUAGAUGACCUGGAUGAUGAGUGUUUGUUGGAGGAGGCAGAUGCCCAAGGUAGUGCCAACACCCUGGGGCGGGGGCCGUACGAAAGGGCUUGGACCACGGAGGCCACAAGGGCCCUGAUUCACAUACGGGGUCCCAUGGAGGGGAGCUUUACCGAGGGCAGACAAAAGAGAACUGCUUUGUGGCUGCACUGCACCCGUCAACUGCAACGCCUGGGAUUUCGCUACUCUGCCGCCAAGGUGCAGAAGAAAUGGCACAACAUCCUCAUCACCUACAAUAAGAAUCUGAGCAAGAAGUACGUCUCCGGAUAUGUGCAUUGGGAGUUCUUCGAGGAAAUGUUCAAGUACUUGCAGGGCAAGAAGGCAGACUUUGAUAUGCAGCCGCAGUCCAGUGCCACAGUAACAUCAGCCCAGAAUUCCACGCCAGGCCAGAACCCGAAUCAGGGAACACCACAGCAGCCCCAGCAGCAGCAACAACAGCCGCAGCAGCAACCUAUGCAGCUGCAACCAACAACAAUAGAGUUACCGUAUCAGAAGAAGCCCGGAACACCACAACUGCAGCUACCCGCUCAGCCACAAGCGAAGGAGGGACAACCGUACAUUACACCCGUGGACCAGGUACUUCUGCAGGCCCAGAUUCAGGAGCACCAACUGCAGGACAGCAAAUCGAACGACGAAUUCGACGAAGACAGCAGCAACAGCAUUGAUGAGGUGAGGCAGCCGAAGAUGGAGUUCGACACUGACCAUCAGAUGGAAGCGGAGCGCAUCAGCAACAGCAGCCACCAGCAACUGGAGGCCAACGGCAAGAUGUUUGAUCUAGCCAGGCCAUUAGGCUCGCAGCCUGUGGGCGGCAUGCCCGAUGACGUGUGGUGGAAGGACUACUUUGAAAGGAAGCUGGAGGUAGAGCGCGAGAAGAUGGAGCUACAACGAAGCCUGCAGCGGGAGCAGGUGCAGGUCCAGAAGAUGUCGCUGGUGCAGCAAGAGCGCAUCGAGCGCAUGAAGAUUGAUGCAAUCAAUAGUCUAACAGCGACCCUGCAGAAACUGGUUGAGGCCAAGUGUCGCCGUGCUUAAGCUAAUCCCUACUCUAGUGACUAGACCACUUUCGAUUCCUUGUGUAAACUUUAGGCUUCUAUUUGUGUCCAUCUGGUUGUGUGUGUAAAUACAAUUUCGGCCAACUAAUUAUUA